GUAAAACAGAUGUUUUGUUUUGAAAACACCCCAGAGGCCUGAAAUCCCUGAAGUGAGCCGGAGGCAGGCGCUAGGUGAGGAGGCAGCUCAGGGGAUGCGGCAGGGGCAUGCCCACAGCCCCGGGAGAGAGCCGAGCGGGAAGAAGGACCCACCGUUAUCAGGCGGAAAAGGCAGCGCCUACUGAGGAGUCAGGGAGAUCACAUCCCACCCACCCUGAAACCUCACCCACAGCUUCCUAGCAUCAUCGGUUCAAAGUUUAGCCCUCGUUUUACAAAGGACGACACUUGACGCUCAGAGAAGCUACGCACUUGGCCAAGGUGACCCAACAAAUUAGUGGGCGAGUUGGGAUUCGAACCCAGCUGCCCACACUCCCAAGUCCAGAGCCUUUCCCACUGCCCGGAGCUGGGGCUGGUAGUGUCAGCACACCCCUUCCCUGACCCAGGCGCUGGGGGGGCGUCCUGGGCACAGGGCUUGGGGCCAGUGCCCAGCCUCACGCUGACUUCAGCGAAUCUCCCGGCUGGGACCGCAGACCGGUCUGCCUCCCUCCUUCGGGAGCCAGGACUGGUCGGGCCUCAGCCGGUUGCCAUGGAGACUGGCGUACACAGGACAGCGGCGCGCGGGGCUCCGGGCUGGCCACCUGCCUCUGAACCUGAGCAGCGCCCCCCAGCCCGGCUCCUCUCCUCCUCUCCACGGAGGGCGAGGCGCCUCCUCCAGCCACGGAGAACAGCAAUCAUGAAAGCCUUUUUAAAAUGCUCUGAAGGCUUUAUUUUCCUGAGAAGAUAUACUACCAUUGGAAGGCAUGAAAAUUCAGACAUUAUUUUAAAGUACCCAGAUAUCGACAACCACCAUGCCGUCAUUGAGUUCAAUGAAGAGGAAGGCAGCUUCAUCCUUCAGGAUUUCAACUCGCUCAGUGGGACCUUUGUUAACAACUGCCACAUUCAGAACGUAGCAGUGAAACUGAAACCAGGGGAUGUCCUGCGGUUUGGAUCCAGGGGGCUCACCUAUGAGCUGGUGGUGGAAUUCCUAACCUCAGGCCGGUACUCAUCAUGGCCCAGGACAGUGGACCCACACCCGAGCCCUGGAUUCACUACACAGUUUCCUAUACUCCAUAAUCAACCAAUAAGUGCUCACAGAAGCUGGUCCCAAGGACUGAUGGAAGGCACACAACCUCGGCCCCCUGUGGAAAAAAGACCAAUCAGUGCCGGAGGGAGAAGGAUGCUGAACAUUCCUUCAGAUCCAAUUGGCAGAUCUCCUGUUAAACAAGUCUGGACAUCUGGAGAGCCAAUCUGGUCAUCUGAUGACCUGGAUCAACGCUCUACAACACCCCACGAAAAGGGCCGAGUUAUGCACCUGAAUGAGUCCCACCUGGUCAAUAUGCCCCAUCUGGAGCAGUCCCACUUCAUCAAUAUCUCACACCUGGAUCAGUCCCACCGCAUCAGUAUCCCAUACCUGGAGCAGACUCAUCUGGUCACCAUUACCAAUGAACUCAAUGCCCAAGAUGACAUCAUUGAGCACCUGGGACAGGAAGUCAACCGCCUCUCAGGCGUUGAGAUGGAAUGCAAACACAAAGACGCCGUGAUUGCCAAUCUCCAAAAUGAAGUGGCUACCAUGUCUCAGAAGCUGCUGUUAGUGCAGGCAGCUCCCGGCCAAAGUAACAUCGAGAUGGGUCAGAAGCUAGAGCUGCUGGAUCAGGACCUUGAUGACAAAAACUCUGAGAUUCAAUCCUUGAAAAACCAGAUCACUGCCCUCCAAAAAGGAUACAGUAACAUGUUGUGUCAGACCCUCACUGAGAGAAACAUGGAGAUUGCUAAUCUGAAAGCCGAAGGGGAGAAUUUAAAGAAAGACAAAGCGAUGAGCUCAGAGUUGGUGGACAGUUUGCAAAAGGACAUCGGAUUGAAGGACAGCAUGGUCCAAAAACUAAAGCUGGAGGUGGACAGACUGAAGAGCGAAAACCAAGAAAAGGAUUAUCAGCUUUUGGCCAUCACUUCCAGGUGUGCAAAACUGAAAGGAGACUUGAAUAAAGAUGAGCUGGAAGCCAGAGAGAAAGAACUAAAGUCAUGCAAAUCCUACAUCAAAGACCUGGAACAGCAAAUGAAAGUCCUGGGAGAACAGCUCCGAAAAAGUUGCAAUGAGCAAAGCCUCAUCUCCAAGACACUGAAAGAAAAGAACAAGGCUGAAGAGAAACUGCAGGAAGAUUCCAGGAAGAAAUUAAUUCAGCUUCAAGAGAUGGGGUACAGAGAGCGCCUCAUUAAAGACAAUUUGGACAAAACAGUGUGUCAGCUGGAACAUUUCCGAAGUCAAAUCAUCGAAGUCAUCUAUGGCCAAGGGAAACUGCCCCAGUCCAGGAUCGUCACCAAUCAGCAGCUGGUAGAGACGAUCUCCCGUGUCAUCCAGGACAACUUCAACUUGCAGCAGAAAAAAAUCAUCGAGAAUCAGAGUAGCUGGUCCACCAGCUCCAGCAAGGACGAGUCCCUGGUCCAAGUGGACAAGCUGAAGGCCUUCUUGGAGGACUGCCAGACUUGCUUGAGAUUGUCUUGCUGCGGCAAUGACUUGAGAAAGCAGCUCGGUGACUUUGAGAACCUCUCGGUGGAUGCCUCUGUGUUGUGGCUGCACAAAGCCCUCGUGGACAUUCUGCAGAGGGUAGUGUGCUGGGUGGAAGAAUUCGAGAAGCUCCUGAACAAUGUGGGCAUCCAGCUGUCUGACUCCGACAAAGGAUUGUCAUUGUACUUCAGUAAGUUUCUGGAAAAUCAUAAGAAGAUUGCAAAAAGGAACCAAGAGCUCCAGGUCAAGCUCAACAACCUAGAGGAGGCUCACCAUUCUCUGCUGCAGAGGAUGCAAGAACAAGCCUUGGAGCAUGAGAGGCAGAUAAAGGAACAGAUCAAGCAGCUGCAGGAAAAGCAAGAAGAGGAAAACCGGGUUUGGAAGAACAAUAUGACUCAGGAAAAGAACCAAGCUGAGGCUGCUGUGGAAGAAGAGAAGAAAAAAGUCCAAGAUCUUGAGAACCACUUAAGGCAACUGAGAAAGGAAGUGGAAUCUAAAUCCCAAGAAAGGCAAGUUUUAAGCUCUCACUUAAAUGAGGCCCUGACCAUGGUGGAAGAAAACCAGCAGACAAAUAUCGAGGACCAAAAAGAAAAAGAAUCCCUUGCUCUGAGUUUGAGCAAAGCCCUGGAGGAGCUCAGCGAAGCCAGAAAGAAACAAAUCCUUCUGGGGGAACAACUUUUGAAGCAGCAGGAAACCCUGAAGAUAGCGGAGGAGGAGAAAAACCUGCAGAAGAGAAACCUGGAGGUGGAGAUCAUGCAGUACAGGGAGCAGGUCAAGCAGCAUUCUCAGACCAUAGUCACUCUGGAGGAGAGGCUACAGAAAGUGACGCAGCAGAACAAGGACAUUGAACGGAAGAUUGUGAACCUCAAGGAAAAUAUACCAGUUCAAAAGGAAAUACAGAAAGAUCCUUUGCUAAAGACUCUUGCCACUGGAAAGUCAUAUGACUAUCUAAUGGAAGAAUUCAUGGUUGCUCAGAAGCAGCUUAUCUCCCAGCACGAGCUCAUCCUCGCCCUGAAAACAGACCUUUCCAAAAACCAACCUAAGACAUCUGCAUUAAAAGCUGAGCCUGAUGAACAGCUAAAAGCAGAGAUGGGGCAGAAUCUCCCAGUUGAGCAACAGGAGCACGAGUUGAGCAAGUUGAAGGAGAGGCUGAUUCAGAUGUCCAACCUGGUGGAGAAGAAGAACAAAAAGAUUGAAAGCUUGAAAGCUUAUCUAAGAAACCCCAUCUCUGCAGAAACCAGAAAGAUCUGCACCAUGUGUGAUGUGGAGAUACAAGUGGACGUUACUGAAAAUGACCUGCACAUCUUUAACCAAGAGGUUUCACCCUUCAUUGAACUAGGAACUAAAUGCAAAGGGCUCCGACAUGAGGAAACCAUUCAGCGCCAGAAAAGGGCCCUGUCCCAACUACGGGAGCGAAUCAAGGAACUCGAAAACACCCCUGGCCUAAAUGCUGAAGACACAGUAACGGAACCACUUCCAGAAUCCAAGAAGCCCAAAUUGGGGGAAAAUGCCAAAAUGAUGGAGAAGGAGCCAAAUGUACUAUCUCUGCCAAACAUUGAUCUCAGAAUAGAAAGCAAACCAAUUCACUCUUUGCCCCCAAAUUGCCUUCCCAGCCCAUCUGCAGAUAGGUCAACAAGAGUGGAUUUGACUGAGACUCUAGACCUCAGUGAGAAGCUGUACCUGGAUAUGAGUAAAACACUCGGCAGCCUAAUGAACAUCAGGGAUAUGUCGGGAAACGUAUCUAUGAAAUACCUUUCCCAGAAGGAGCGGGAAAAGGUCAACCAGCUUCGGCAGAGGGACCUAGAUCUGGUGUUUGAUAAGAUCAGCCAACUCAAGAACCGGCUGGAGCGGAAGGAGGAGCUUCUGAGAGAAUACGAAAGAGAUAAUGAGGCACUCAGGCAGAGUAAAGUGCCCUGGCAGGUGUAUCAGGCGCAGGUGAGUAAACUAGAAGAUGAAAUCUACAAGGAGGCGGAAGAGAAAGCUCUGCUGAAGGAAGCCCUGGAGAGGACUGAGCAGCAGCUCAGCCUGGAGAAGAAGAUAAACCGCUCCAUCAAGCAGCAGAAGGAACGGUUAGAGGAACAGGAGCAGAGGGCCCCAAAGGAAAUAUCCCCUUUCGUCUGUGUACCCAAAGAGAGGCAAGAACGGAAGCUGAUGUAUACCGAAAUAUUGAAGAGCAAAGUUACCCAGUCACCUCCUAUGCUCAGGGUCAAAAAGAUCAUGCCCAAGACAAACCAGGAGAAAGACCUACAGAACAAAGAGUCACCACAGAAAACCAUCCUGGAAAUCAUCAUCCCUAAAACAAGUGAUAGGAACUAGCAGAAGUGUGCCCCACUACACUUUCCAAAUCACAAGUCUUUUGGAACCUUCUGUGGACAGUUGCUGAAUGCUGCUCCUAGAUCUUUGAAGCACACCUAGAAUUUUGUUCCCCCUUCCCCCAC